AUGGAUUCAUUCGGUGAUAAGAAUCAUAAUAUGGUGAGCUCUCAAACAAGAAAGCAGAUGCAGGGUCCGAGGCCGGCGCCUCUUACGGUGAGCAGAAGUUCGACAAAGAUCAUCAAAAAGAAGCAACCAGUUCCAGCGCCUGGGCAAAGCCGUUCUCCGGUGAUAAUAUAUUUGAAAUCUCCCACGGUUAUUCACGUCAGACCGGAGGAAUUUAGGGAUACAGUGCAACGGCUUACUGGCCUGAAUCAGGCUCCGAGUACUGUUCCUGAUUCGGCUCACCACUCCUACUCCUCUCCGAGCUAUUGUGGAAUGGUGGCUGAUGCAAACAUGGGCUGCAUGGGAAUCUCAUCCAGCUUCUGGAAUAACGUAGAUCUGUGCAUGCUAAGUGGUGUGAUGUCUUUAAGAAGAGCUUUUGAUGAUAUUGUCUAA